ACCGAAAUGGCAGGGAGAGGACGUGGAGGAAUACACGGCAUUGCAUCCCAACUUGGCCCAGGAGGACUACUCAAAGGGACUCAACUUGGCGUCGCAGCCAUGACCGAGGAAGUUGGAGGUAUAGGGCCUUCACCGAGUCGUGGAGGUACGGAAGGUGAGCUUAGCCAUGGAGGUGGUGGUCCUCCUCAUGCACCUAGUCUUGAAUUGAGGCCUAAACCUGGCUCAGGAGUGCCAACAAUGGUUGGAUGUGGCAAGGCAUGUGGGGGUUGUUACCCUGCUGUCAUAACUUGUUGGCCCAGAUGGAAAUUAGAGGAAGCAGAUUGGCAGGCAUUCGACUCCUCCAGGUUGUAUGGUAAGCCCCGCUACCAUACCAGUGGGUAUCUUCAUGUCUGGUUAUUUGUAUGCAUUAUGUAAUCAUUGUCAUUAAAAGCUCCAUGUACAUUGUGGGUCAUGUAAUUAUGUUCAGAAUAAUAUCAUGUGUAUUUCAUGGAUUAUGUAUAAAAGUUCAAUAAGAUAUUAGGCAAAUGAGCCACAUGUCUAUGGUUUCAAACUAUGACAUAUCCGUUAUCAUGAUGCACACACUCUCUCUGUCUUAAGUAUAAAAUGAAUGUGGGUUUGCUCUUAUGGCAAGUCUAACGCACUGAGUGCCCGUCACCUUCCUCCAGAUUUUGGGGGGUGACAACAACUGCAUAUCUUCAGAGCCACUUACCCUUCAA